CCCCGACUCCCGGCUGUGCCGGAGUCGGGUGGGUCGGCGGCUAUAAAGCUGGUAGCGGAGGGGAGGCGCCGCGUACGGUCUUUUCGCGGCUGUGUUUUUUCCUGUGGUCACUACCCGGUCACAUUUGGUGCCCAGCAGAGGAAACAGUGACAGACCUGGAGGCUGCAGUUCUCUGUCCUUCACACAGCUCUUUCACCAUGCCUGGGUCACUUCCUUUGAAUGCAGAAGCUUGUUGGCCAAAAGAUGUGGGAAUUGUUGCCCUUGAGAUCUAUUUUCCUUCUCAAUAUGUUGAUCAAGCAGAGUUGGAAAAAUAUGAUGGUGUAGAUGCUGGAAAGUAUACCAUUGGCUUGGGCCAGGCCAGGAUGGGCUUCUGCACAGAUCGAGAAGAUAUCAACUCUCUUUGCCUAACUGUGGUUCAGAAUCUAAUGGAGAGAAAUAACCUUUCUUAUGAUUGCAUUGGACGAUUAGAAGUUGGAACAGAGACAAUCAUUGACAAAUCAAAGUCAGUGAAGACUAAUUUGAUGCAGCUAUUUGAGGAGUCUGGGAAUACAGAUAUAGAAGGAAUAGAUACAACUAAUGCGUGCUAUGGAGGCACAGCUGCUGUCUUCAAUGCUGUUAACUGGAUUGAGUCCAGCUCUUUCAAUGGAAAACUCUCCAUACAAUGCUACCUCAGUGCAUUAGACCGCUGCUAUUCUGUCUACCGCAAAAAGAUCCAUGCCCAGUGGCAGAAAGAGGGAAAUGAUAAAGAUUUUACCUUAAAUGAUUUUGGCUUCAUGAUCUUUCACUCACCAUAUUGUAAACUGGUUCAGAAAUCUCUAGCUCGGAUGAUGCUGAAUGACUUCCUUAAUGACCAGAACAGAGAUAAAAAUACUAUCUACAGUGGCCUGGAAGCUUUCGGGGAUGUUAAAUUAGAAGAUACCUACUUUGACAGAGAUGUGGAAAAGGCAUUUAUGAAGGCUAGUUCUGAACUCUUUAAUCAGAAAACAAAGGCAUCUUUGCUGGUAUCAAAUCAAAAUGGAAAUAUGUAUACAUCCUCAGUAUAUGGUUCCCUUGCUUCUGUUCUAGCCCAGUACUCUCCUCAGCAAUUGGCAGGGAAGAGGAUAGGAGUGUUCUCUUAUGGUUCUGGUUUGGCUGCCACUUUGUACUCUCUUAAAGUUACACAAGAUGCCACACCAGGGUCUGCUCUUGAUAAAAUAACAGCAAGUUUAUGUGAUCUUAAAUCAAGGCUUGACUCAAGAACUUGUGUAGCACCAGAUGUCUUUGCUGAAAACAUGAAGCUCAGAGAGGACACUCAUCACUUGGCCAACUAUAUACCCCAGUGUUCAAUAGAUUCACUCUUUGAAGGAACAUGGUACCUAGUUAGAGUGGAUGAAAAGUAUAGAAGAACGUACGCUCGUCGCCCCUCUCCAAAUGAUGACACUUUGGGUGAAGGAGUAGGACUUGUGCAUUCAAAUACAGCAACUGAGCAUAUUCCAAGCCCUGCUAAGAAAGUGCCAAGGCUCCCUGCAUCAGCAGCAGAACCCGAAGUAGCUGUCAUUAGUAAUGGGGAACAUUAAGAUACUCCAUGAACUGCGAGACUUCACAGUGUGUUUGGGUUGGGGUGGGGAUAGGGGAAUGGUUGGAGGAAGGGAAUGACUGAGGACAAUUUUAAAGAAUUACACAUUGCUUAAAUUUUUAUGUGACUGACACAGAGCCUAGCAAACUGUUGUGCUCUUGGACAAGUCUAUCUGCCCAAUUUGCUAACAUGCUUCCUGUUGUGGUGUAGCCARUGCUAAAUGUACUCGAAUGAUGUUAAGGGCUCUGUAAACUUUAUACCUCUCUGGCCAUUUAUAUGCAUGAAAUUUAGUUUUUAAAUGUAGUAUGAAUCCUGUGCUUUUGUAAGAGGAAAGCAGAGGUACUAGUCUCCAAUUUAAUUUUUUUUUAAUGUGUAAGAAUUUUAUACUUUGAACAACAAGAUUAUUGAAAGUACCUGUGGUUUUUGAAAAUUUUUUCUAGCUUGGGGAAUGUGGUCUUAAAAUGUGAUAUGCACAAAUACCCUUUGAAAAUGGCAAGACAAACAUUCUUUUUCUCAGAUUUAUAAAUCCUAGAGAGGCARAAAAGAGUUAGGACAGUAACACUGGUUCUGGAAUAUUAUCCAGACCAACAGUGACAAAGUUAUUGUGAUGAUCUCUGAACAGAGAGACACUAGCAUUGAGCAGGCUUCUGGCAUAAAAAGCAUGGUCUGUUUGGGAGCUGUUACAAUAGCUGCAGGAGCUGAGUGCUCCUGAUCAGUUCAUGGUGGACUAUGCUCAGCAACAUCGAGAUGUUAUUGGAGGUGUGUAUGAGGAAGCUUUUUGUUGCAAUCCUUCUUUGCACCUUAUUUUAAAAGAUACAUAAAACAUUUCUUUGAUGCCUUUUUAAAAUUUUAAACUGGAAAGGAAGGAUGGAGCAGGGCAUUAUUAGGCUACUUAUGUUUCAGUGUUAUAAAUUCAAUUUCUAGACUGACAGAUUUGUGGUAUGAGUUCUUUUUAUUUUUUGUGUGUGUUUGUGUGGGUCUUUGUUUUUGUAUCUGUUUGAUGAAAAUAAGAAGGUACAACCUAAGUUUUUACAUAGUCUGACUAGCCAAAAAGAGUAUUCCACUUCAAGGUCUGGAAGUAGGGUUUAUAAAGCUUUUUCUUGGACAUUCACCUUUAAAAAACAACAAAACUAUCACAUGGAAUGAAAGAGAUUGGUUAGAAAGUUUUAUAGAUGUUUUUGGUGCUGAACUAUGACAUGAGCCUUAUAGAUUGUAAAAUAGAGAUAGUUGGAACUAAUGUACAGAACUAAAUUUUUAAAACUUUAUUUACCAUUAAAUUCUGUGAAGUUUCAGUUAUCGAAAAUAAACAAAUACAAAAUGUAAUGUUUCAGAUUGCAAGCUAAUAUGUAAUGUAGUGUUUGUAAGAUACUCUUGUCUAAUAUUAACUAGUGGUAUUUUGAUUUGUACAGUCAUAAUUUGUUAAAAUGACUUCAUUUUAACAUCCACUGAUGUAGAUUAAUAAUGUAAGCCCAGAUUUAAAAGAAUGGUGGGAAAAUGGUGCAUGUAAUACUUUUCCAAGUUUUGGGAGUUCGGUAUGUCGAAAAGAGUAAUGUUUGAUUGCCAAGAAAUGGGUUUUCUCAAAGUCCAUUGCCGGCAAUGGGCAAGCCUGGUAAUACUGGCACAGAGCAUUAACCAUAAACCUUAUUGAUGGUAAGGUGAAUAACUUUGAAAUAAAGUUUUAGACAAACAUUUUAGA